AUGAAGACAGUUAAUUGUUGCGUGCUGUUACUUUGCUGGAAAGCAAUUUGUUGCAACAGCUGUCAGCUCACCAAUAUCACUAUAGCAGUGGAAAGAGAAGAAUGUGAAUUCUGCAUUACAGUGAAUGCCACGUGGUGCUCAGGAUACUGCUUCACAAGGGAUCCAGUAUAUAAAUAUCCACCAGUAUCAUCCGUUCAGCAGACAUGUACCUUCAAGGAGGUUGUGUAUGAAACAGUGAAGAUCCCUGGCUGCGGUGACCAUCCUGAAUCUUUUUAUUCAUACCCAGUAGCUACAGAGUGCCAUUGUGAGACCUGCGACACUGACAGCACCGACUGCACUGUGAGGGGACUAGGGCCAUCCUACUGUUCCUUCAGUCAGAAUGGAAGCAACCAAUGAAGGGUAUUUGAGAUGGCAGUUUGGCUUUAAAUGUUAAACCUAAACGAAGGUACUGAUCAGGCUUAUGUGGAAGACAAUAGGCAAGGCUGUUUAGAAACUGUCAGGAUUGAAACAAAUAAUUUUAAGGCGAAAACGGAGAGCUACUGACUAAACUUCUCUUCAGGUCUUCCCUACUUAACCCAUCAGUUUCCUUAAAAUCAUUUUUAUGGGUCUACAGAACUGUUUCCCAUUCCUUCUGCCCUUGCCUCCUCUUCUGCUCUAUUACACCUUCAUUCUUUACAUUCCUGUAUUUCCACUGCCUAGUUCACUUAGCUUACUCUAAGCUAUCCUAUGCUUUCAAAAAGUUCCCAAGUUUCAAGUCUUUAUUGUCCUCUGCUUUCCACCUCUCCUCAGAAUGCACUUAUUUUAAAAAGCCUUGUAGCACUGGUGUUCUUACAACCAACAUC